CAUCUCCUUUGAAAAGUUUCCAUUAUUAGUAGAUAACACAAUGAGACAAAGAAAGGGUCGCCGUGAAGAUGCAAGCUUAACUUUCUCUUCAUUUGUUUCUUACAAUCACGAAAAGAAAAGAAUAAAUAUUUUCUACUUUUAACCUGGAAUAUCUCCUUGCACAUUGAUGGAUUCUUUUCUUUUCUUUUUCUUUUUCUCGCCUCAAGAAAUAUUGUUCUUUCUCCUCCUCUUGCGCUUUCCUUCAUGGGUUCAUCUCCUCUACAAAAGAUAUCUCAAUUCUAUAGCAAAAGCAAACCUCCAUGUGUCCAUGCACAGUAUAAAACAUUUCCUCUAUAAAUAUUGCAGCAACUUCUUCAAGGGAAAAACAACAUCAUCCUCUUGUUUAAGAAGAAAUAAACAUCUUCCAUAUCGAGUUGCGAUCCAAAAAUGGCUUCUGCACCGAGCUUGAAACGUUCAGAUUCUAUGGCAGAUAAUAUGCCGGAGGCGUUGAAGCAAAGCAGGUAUCAUAUGAAGAAGUGUUUUGCUAAGUACGUGCAGAAGGGAAGAAGGAUAAUGAAGCUUCAGAAUCUGCUGGAUGAAAUGGAGGAUGUGAUUGAUGACAAGAUGGAGAGAACCAAAGUCUUGGAAGGUUUACUUGGGGACAUUUGGUACUCCACUCAGGAAGCUCUGGUUAAUCCUCCCCAUGUAGCUUUUGCCAUAAGACCAAGUCCUGGUUUCUGGGAAUAUGUCAAAGUUAACUCUGCUGAUCUCCAUGUUGAGGGAAUCACUAUUACAGAAUACUUGAAAUUCAAAGAAAUGAUAUUUGAUGAAUCCUGGGCAAAAGACGUGAAUGCAUUGGAAGUGGACUUUGGAGCAUUUGAUUUCUCCGCGCCUCGCUUGACCUUGUCUUCUUCCAUUGGCAAUGGACUCAACUUUGUUUCCAAGUUCGUCACUUCAAAGUUAAGUGGGCGCUUGGAGAAUGCUCAACCUCUGGUGGAUUACUUACUUUCACUCGAUCAUCUAGGAGAGACAUUAAUGAUCAAUGAAAACCUUAAUACUGUUUCAAAGCUUCAGAUGGCACUGAUAGUUGCUGAAGUUUAUCUCUCAGGAGUUUCCAUGGACACCCCAUAUCAAGAUUUUGAGCUAAGCUUCAAAGAAUGGGGCUUUGAGAAAGGAUGGGGUGAUACUGCAGAGAGAGUGAAGGAGACAAUGAGAUCACUCUCAGAAGUUCUCCAAGCUCCAGAUCCAGUGAACAUGGAGAAGUUCUUCAGCCGGGUGCCAACUCUAUUCAAUGUUGUAAUUUUCUCUCCCCAUGGCUACUUUGGGCAAUCAAACGUCCUUGGCUUGCCUGACACCGGUGGUCAGGUAGUCUACAUCCUGGACCAAGUGAAAGCUUUAGAAGACGAGUUGCUUCUCAGGAUUAAGCAUCAAGGACUUAAAGUGAAACCUCAGAUUAUAGUGGUCACAAGACUAAUUCCUGAGGCUCGCGGAACUAAAUGCAGCCAGGAACUGGAAGCAAUUAAUGGAACAAAGCAUUCGAACAUCCUUCGUGUGCCAUUUAGCAUCGAAGACAAGGUCCUCCGCCAGUGGGUUUCCCGUUUCGACGUCUAUCCAUAUAUUGAGAAGUUUACUCAGGAUGUUACGGCCAAGGUACUAGACCUUAUGGAUGGAAAACCAGAUCUCAUCAUUGGAAACUAUACUGAUGGGAAUUUAGCAGCUACUCUCAUGGCUAAUAAACUUGGGAUAACUCAGGCAACUAUUGCACAUGCUUUGGAGAAGACAAAAUAUGAAGAUUCAGACAUCAAGUGGAAGGAAUUAGACCCAAAGUAUCACUUCUCAUGCCAAUUCAUAGCUGAUACAAUUGCAAUGAAUGCAGCAGAUUUUAUCAUAGCAAGCACAUACCAGGAGAUUGCAGGAAGCAAAGAAAGACCAGGACAGUAUGAGAGCCAUGCUGCAUUCACACUCCCAGGGCUGUGUAGAAUUGUUUCGGGCAUUAAUGUUUUCGAUCCAAAAUUCAACAUAGCUGCACCUGGAGCUGACCAAUCUGUCUACUUCCCAAAUACAGAGAAACAGAAAAGAUUCACACAGUUUCAUCCCGCCAUUGAAGAACUACUCUACAGUAAAGUAGAGAAUGAAGAACACAUUGGAUAUCUAGCAGACAGGAGGAAACCUAUUAUCUUCUCAAUGGCGAGGCUUGACGUAGUAAAAAAUCUUACUGGACUAACUGAGUGGUAUGGGAAGAACAAGAGACUGAGAAACUUGGUUAAUCUUGUAAUAGUUGGGGCCUUUUUUGACCCUACCAAAUCCAAAGACAGAGAAGAGAUGGCUGAAAUUAGGAAGAUGCAUGCCUUGAUAGACAAGUACCAACUCAAAAGCCAGUUCAGAUGGAUAGCUGCACAGACAGACAGGCAGCGAAACGGAGAACUCUAUCGCUAUGUUGCAGAUACAAAGGGAGCUUUUGUGCAGCCAGCUCUAUAUGAAGCAUUUGGACUCACAGUUAUUGAGGCAAUGAACUGUGGAUUACCCACCUUUGCAACCAAUCAAGGAGGUCCAGCUGAGAUAAUUGUUGAUGGGGUAUCAGGCUUCCUUAUUGAUCCCAACAAUGGAGAUGAGUCAAGCAACAAAAUUGCUGACUUCUUUGAGAAAUGUAAUGCAGAUGCAGGAUACUGGAAUAAGUUUUCAGCAGAUGGGUUGAAGCGUAUAAAUGAAUGCUACACUUGGAAGAUAUAUGCAAACAGGGUAUUGAACAUGGGCUGCAUGUAUACUUUCUGGAGGCAGCUCAACAAGGAACAGAAACAUGCAAAACAAAGAUACAUCCAAAUGUUCUAUAAUCUCCAAUUCAGGAGGCUGGUGAAGAAUGUGCCUAUCCCAACUGAAGAAGCUCAGCAGCAAGCAGAGCCAAAGCCAGAAAGCAAAGCAGCGCCAAGCACAAGGCGCAGUCAGUCUCGAUUGCAAAGGUUGUUCGGGGCAUAAAGGUUGCAAAUAAGGCUGUUUCCUGAGCCACUUGACAUCGGUGUCUCCUGUUAUGUUUUCCGACUGUUUGAUCUUACUGCAUUCACAGAAGCAGCAAAUUGUGUAAUUUCUGAAAAAAAAAGGAACUAGCAUUCUUAAAUUUUCAAUUGUGUAAUGAAAUAUUAUUCUGUUACACCCUCAAAGCCAAGAAGCUGCCUGAAUCAGUCUUGGCCCUCUUGGGAUGCAAUAUCUGUAAUUUAUCUUAAUUCAUGAUUUCAAGUUGUCCACAGCUUCCUUCCUGUGCAA